GCUUUUUGUUGCUGCUGCUGCCGCUGCCGCUGCCGCCGCUGCAGCCGCCGCCGCCGCCGCCGCUGCCCCGCUGCUCUCUGCUGUGUGUCAGUUUCAGAGCUAGCUCCUCCAGCCCGCGGCUCCCGGAGCGACCCCGGCGCGUUCCUGCUCCUGCUUCGCCCUGAGACGCCGCAGAAGGGGCCAGCACGCUGCCAGCGCCGCCCCCAGCCGCAGGCGCUUCUCCUCUCGCUCGGACCGACGACCCUCGGGAACCAGCACCCGCUCCCCCAAACCCGACCCCCAUCAUGGCACACUCUGCCCAGCUGAACAUCCUGGAGCAAAACUGCCCCAUCCAGGUGGAGCACGAUCGGAAGCGGAGGCAGUUCACGGUCAAACUGAAUGGGUGUCAUGACCGGGCAGUCCUGCUCUACGAGUAUGUGGGGAAGAGGAUUGUGGAUCUGCAGCAUACAGAAGUCCCUGACGCCUAUCGAGGGAGAGGAAUAGCCAAACACUUAGCCAAGGCUGCCCUGGACUUUGUAGUGGAGGAGGAUCUGAAAGCCCAUCUGACCUGCUGGUACAUUCAGAAGUAUGUCAAGGAAAACCCAUUGCCCCAGUACCUGGAACGUUUGCAGCCUUAAUCCCAGCCCUGACAGAGCCUGGGUUGCUCCUUCAGUCUCCCUCUCUCUUUCUUUGUCUCACCAGCACUCUGUUCCUGAUUGUUCAAUGCGGCCUUUGCUUCCGUAUGGUCUCAGGAAACAUCUUCCCUGCCAGGGAACAGACUCAGAAUUAUUUUUCUAAGGACGCUUGAACACCUCAUAGGGGAGCUGCCUCUCCUCGUGCUUUGGGGACCAACUAUGGCCACCAUGGGGCUGUCUCCCACGUCCCUCCUUUCUGCCCUCCCAGCUCUCUGCCACGUCCUCCUGAGGAGCCGUGGGAACCUGGGAGAGGUAGUCUUCCCGUUUGAAUCUUAUUGCCUCCUUGUCCUACCAGAGCGGUACCUGGAGAAAGGAUUUGGAGCAGUUAUUUAGUUUGGUUUGGGUUUCUUCCCCUCUCAUCCUUCAUGGCCUCCUGGGCUUUACUCAAGGACCAUCACUCCCUUCCUUUUUAGGUCUGGAAGCAAGACAUUUGUCAACCACUGGAUUUUUACCAUGGCAAGGGAGGACGGUUUAACCCUCCUAGCUCUACCUUCCCUUUGUUGUUGCAAAGGGAAACAGGGAAGAAGAUGAGAAGGGCAGGGAAAGGAGUUGGAAGGGGGACAGAUAGUUCUUCCUUCCCACCCCUCAGGAAAAAAAGUCAUCAGUUGUCAAGGGGAUAUACCAGGAAUGGAUUCAUAAAAGCAGGUUCUGGCCCACAUCUCGAGUGGGAAGAGGACAUGGCUGUCUUAUGGGCUUAUGCCAAUAAGCCGCAGGAAUCAGGUGCACGCCCACCUCCCUGCCUGCCAUAAGCCGAGACCCAGGUUCAUGUUCUGCUGCUGUGGUUUGAGGAGCUCAAGCCCCAUGUGGAGAAGUUUUGAGGUGAGGGUGAGGGGCUACAAGAAGAGGAGGAAGGGAAUUUAUCAGUGGCCAUCUUAGGAGCCAACCUCUAGGAAUAAUGCACUUGUCCCUUUCUUUUUUCCCCCUGAGGAGAGAGGUAGGGAGCAGGAAGUUAACUUGACUGUGUCUUCAGAUGGAAGGACAAUUUUUGAUUCUCAGUCUUCCACAUUCAUUUGAAUUCCCAUUCUUUUUCUCUCUUUCUCCCUUUAAAUAUGGUGGCUUGAAUCUAGGAGCAAUAAGCAGCACUAGUAAUUGGAGGGUCUCUUUCCAUUGGCCUUGGUGCGCCAAGUCCCAGAUGCCACCUUCACCCCCCAGUCCCUUCAUACUUCCCUCCUCUAGCCAUCUGAGACCAAAGGUGGGUAAAGCACAAGAGGUAGUUUCUCUUUUCAGAAUGAUGCAUGGGGGGGCCUAUUUAAUUUAAAAAAUAAAAAUAGACAACAAGGAGAUCUUCAGCUAAAGUUUAAACUAUCCUGCAUUGUAAAAUAAACACAGGCACAUAAUAAGUGCACACCUCCCUAUAUGAGCAUAUUGGGUAAACACUUCAGAGGAGGGUCCACUGUGACUGCCAUAGGGUUCUUUGGAUGGAGACUGUUUCCAUUCAAUGUGAUUGACCUUGUGCCAGACCUUAUCUCCUCUCUGUACACUUUCCUUCCAUCCAUUCCUAAAAUUUGCCACACUCCCUGCCCAUUCCCUAUUGAGAGUGCAACUUCCCAGUUGUUUGCUGGCCUACAGCAGAACCAAGCUGAGACCAAGCUCAGCAGCUUUGUGACCUCUGCCUUCCACAGAACUUUAUCUUGCCUGCUUAAAAAAUGGGCUUUGGGUUAGGACAUCAUGCUGAUGGCUUGGAAGUAGUUGAAUGGAGUGUCAAAGUCUGGCACCCAAACUCCAGGCUCAAGUCUCACUCCCAAAGGACAUUUCCUUUGUGCCAGGAGACAUCAGUAAUCCACGUUAGUGGACAAAGCUGUGCUUCUGUCUGUCCCUCCACAGCCUGGGUGAGUUAAUCAUUGAGCAGUAUUUCCUCUCAGAGAAAGGAAAAGUCAAUUCAUCCCAUUCCCCAUCCCUGUCACUAGUAGCACUUAGAGAGAUCAGACUUCCCAAACUCCUCUUCUCCUACUUCUUCCAUUCACUGGCUCAGUAUUAUAUUUUUGCCUUUCUUCUGGUCUUUGGCAGAAGAGGCAGCUACAUUAGAAGUAAAGCUGAUAAGGACGGGCUGAUAAGGAUGCUUACUUCUGGGAGAGAUUGCUCUGGGGCCCUGUUCAUGGGCUUCUCCUAAAGGUAGGAUCUAGGGCUUCAGGCCCUAGCUAGGUGACUUGUUCUUCCCUGUGACAAAUGAGAUCAGACUCGACAUCCCAAGAUGAAGGGGAUCCUGGGCCUGAAUGGGAAGCUCAAUAGGACUAAAUGCUAUCAAACUGAGACUUCUUGUGAAUAUUGCAUCCCCAAGUGUGCAAGAAUCAGCCUGGUACUGAGUGUAUGUAUUAGUGGUGGUAGGAGUUUUUAUUACCCUAAUCCAUGGGUAAUGGGAGGGGAGGAGGAAAUAAGCAGCAAGGGGAACGGGUCCCUGCAGAUUUUUGCUUUAAUGAAUCUCCCACCCUGAUCGUGCUGUGACUUAGGUCAGAAGAGUUGGCGGUGGGGUGGGAUGGGUAGAAAGCUCAGACUGGGCCUCGGGUUUCAAUGUGAGCACUGUUUAAAUUAAAAGGCAGGACUUCACAGUCCUAUUUUCCAUUUGCCUUCACUAGUCCCGGCACUGCAGGGCCACCUCCCUCUCAUCACUAGUCUGUAUAGAAACAUCCUCCCCCCAGCCCCUACUCUCCAAGGCUCCCGAAAGGAGACACACAGGGGUCCUGAGAGUCAUCAGCCACAGGUGCCCAGUGCUGGCUGGUGAUACAAAUAAAUCUCAUGCUGCAGGUGGUUGUGAUGGGCACCUUUGCAAGCCUUGUGGCAAGAGUGCCAUACUCCUAACUGCUGCUCCCUGCUGCGCAUCCUUCUGUGGAAGAGGUUGUUUCAGGACACGUCCUCCUCCUUGUCCCUAGCCUUCUAGGAAGUUGCAAGAGACGAAGCCAUGGGGACACCCUAUCCCUCUCUUACUCAGUUCUGCCCUCCACAUACCUCUGCAGGUCAUGACACGGCACUGCCUUUGAUGGGACAGACUGGGUAUUGUCAGUGGUGUCCCUGCUUUUUCCAGAAGGAAAGUGAGUCCUGGACAGGUUAGACCCAGUCAGGGAAAGCAGGAAAGCCCCUGGAAUGUUCAGUUGUAUGUAAAAGCUUUCAGAAGCAGAGGAAAGAGUGGUGGGAAUAAGGUCUGAUUAACAGAAAGUGGAGUUUAGGGCUGGGAUGCCUUCCUUCUUCCCCUAUGCACACACAUAGCUUAUCACAUCCAGUUUAAAGAAAUGGUGCUUUCCAGGCUCUGGGUUCAGGGGGGAAUAUCAGGGUCAGCACACUUCCUUCCCUCCACUCUGAGCAGGCACCUUGGUGGGGUAGGAACCUCAAAAAGCCAGCUUAAAUAGGAAGCAGCUCCCUACAAAUCCUCCCUGAAAGCAAGACCUAGGAGAAAAGGAUGCCAAGCAGGUAUAUAUGCUACCUCCCUCUCCCCUUUCUUUUGCAGCUUCUUAGAGCAUCCUCCCUAUGAGCCCCUUCCCCAAUUCCCCGAGAUCUUUUGUAAUGAUGGGCAGCAUCAUGAGGGCCAUUCUUUCUCUCCAUGACACAUCAAAGGGAGAAAUGACUACCCACCUCAGGGAGUCAGGAGGAGAAUGUGGAACAGCAUGAUGGAAUAUUGGUGUUUGCUACUUGCAGGGCCUUGCCCUGAGUGUCCACUCCACCUGCAAGUUUGGCAGGAGUCCCAGGACAGAUGAGAGCAGUUGAUAUGACAUGACUGAGGGAAUAGUAUAAGAUCUACCACAAAUCCUUGCAUUUAAUCCUUGUUCUUUGAUAACUUGAACCUAAGCUGACCACUCUGUGUGCUAAUGGUGACUCUGUGCUUUUUAAAAAUAUAUAGACAAUUAAAAGAAAAAAAAAAACCUUAGUACUUGAAUGGACAUGGGGGCAUCUUGGCUCAUACCCAGAAAGGGUAAGUCAUCUUGAGUCACUGGUCCCCAACCCAUAGAAUGCUGGAAGGCACUUCCAGGGGUUUGUCUUCAUAGAUGGCUUUUGCCUUGAAUUCCUGCUGAUGAAGCUUUCAGCUUUUUUACUGCUCAAGUUCAAGGAGGCCCCCUGCCUUAAAGCAACUGUGAAUUAUUCCUGGCAUGGUGGUAACUGUCCAGCAUUGCUGUGACUGUCUCGUGCCAAGAGAUCCCCAAGUGGGGCUGGUGCCCAAACCUGAGGCUGCCACCUUUCAAAGGGCUGAUGCUUCACAAAUUUAGCUCAUAAGAAUUACAGCAUGUCUGCAUUUUAAUUGUGCUUCUUCGGUCCUCUCCUUCUUAAGUCAUAGGAAGAAUUAAAUUCAAUCAAAUUUCUGUAACAUCAAAGGGAGAACUGGGGGGCAAAGAAGAAGGAACUGUCAAAUCACCCCUAAGCCUCGAGUUCAUUUCCCUAUCUCUUCACUGAGAUAGACCUUCCUUAGUAACUCACUCCUUUCUGGGGAAUAGAUUUCCUUUCAAACUGGUAUAGCUGCCUUGAAAAGAAAAGGGGAAAAUGGCAGCCCUCUUUCUCCUCAUACUUCUCUGUGUGGUUCCCAGAUCAUGUCUAUUAGGAAUAUUUUCCCAAGGAUUAUUCUCUCUUCCUCAAACUAAUAAAUUUGUAGCUAUAAACCUUGAGGCAGUUUGUACUGGCAAAAUCCAAACUAAGUUGAUAAAAUCUCCAUAAUUUAAAUGUCUUCUGGUCUUAUCCCCCUUCAUAAGCAGAGUUGACAUUUGACAACUAGCAGGCUUUAAUAUACUUUGAAGUACACAGUUUUUUUUGUUUUUUUUUUUAAAGUACCAUUUAAAGAGAUAACUAAAUGCAGACAGUUUAGUCUGCCACAGAGAGGGGUCUUUCCCUGCCCCACUUCUCCUCUGUCUUCCAUUGGGAUGGGUAAUAGGAAGAAGUAUAGAAGCAUACUAUUUGCUAAGCACAAGGAGUAGAUGAGGAAGACCCUCCUCCCCCCCCAGUCGUUACCAAGCAGGUUUCUGAAUUGUCUGAGGAUGUAACGCUCCAUACUUUGUUCCGGGAGAAGUGGCCUCUACCCAGGGCUGGAUCCUGGAUCCAGGGCUGGAAUAUCAGCCUAAAUAUCUUAGCAAGGGCUACCUGAUCCCCAGCUUGUCUCGCCUACUAGGAGCAGCUGUGGACCACUUCAUUCUUUCCCAAACCUGUGAGAAUAGGAAGAUGCUCCUGUCUAGAUAAAGGCUCCAGUGCUCCCUUGUCUUGUACUCCAGAAGGGGAUGAUCGCUUCAUGGGCACCGAAUCUCUUUCUUGACAUAAAACUUUUUUGCUGAAAAUUUCCUCACCUUUCAGGGCCAAAGUCUAGCACCAACUCUUCCCUAAGCAUGAAGGUUUCCAUGAAAAGGAUACUCAGUCUUCCUCUCUGAGCCCCUACCCCUACUUUACAUUUAGGUCAACUGAAGGUGAACAGAGGGAAGGAAAUAUUUCCUAGGUAAGGAAUUUGCAUAAAAGAACUCAGUUAAGAAUGUCAUGUAACCCAAGGUUCCUCAGGCCUUUCUGGUUGCUGCCACUGGACUGCUUCCUUCCACUUGGAAGCCCAAUGUAGGUGAACCUACCUCACCUCAGAAACCCUAGUUAUUGAUUAAUGCUGGAAAUCCUCACCACCCCAUGCCCUUGUGGCUGCCCCUUGGGGCUCUGACUAAAGCUUGCAAAUUUUUGGUGCUGAAUUCUUCUCUGCCUUUCCCACUCUCAACGUUUUCCCUUCUUGACUUGUCCCUAAGAGUCCUUGUACAAGGACUUUAGGAGACUUAAGGAGUCCGGGGGGGGGGGGGGGGGGGUAGGGGGGAAAGGGUGGAGCUCCCAAAAUACUUGUAAACAUUCUUCAUCAGUCUUAGGUGGAAGGUCAGGUAAGGUCAGACUCCCUUGUAUGUCAAGGAUCAAAGCUGACUCAGCUCAGAAUGAGAUGAAAGGGGAAAAUUACAGAGGGGGAAACAAGGAUUACCCCCUAAAGUUUUUUUCCAAGUCAAACUCACUUGAAAUUUUCUUUUUUCAAUGUGUCAGCCUGGUGUAUUUCCCUUUGUGCCCUGGUUUCUUUUGUUCUGUUGAAUUAAGUGGUCAAUCAUGUGCCUUUCCUACUCAGGACCUGUGACCCAUGACCUUUUGGCUACAAUUGGUCUUUUGCCCUCUCCCUUUGUCAUUAUUAAAAGUUAUGAGCGUUAUUGCAUGGAAUACAGUUUAAUAAAAAGGUGUGAUUUAAUUGUCUGCA